CUGCCCACAACCAAGAUGGCGGCGGCGGCGCCGUGCGGCGCGGUGGGGCAAUGCCGCCUGCAGCUGCUGGUGCUGGUGGCGGCGGCGGCGGCCGGCCGGGCGGCGGCGGCGACCGUGAGGGGCGGCAUGCUGUACCCCCGCGAGAGCCCGUCCCGAGAGCUGAAGGAGCUCGGAGGAAUCUGGAGCUUCCGCGCCGACUUCUCGCCGGGCCGGGACGCCGGCUUCGAGCAGCGCUGGUACCGGCAGCCGCUCCGGCAGACUGGUCCUGUUAUUGACAUGCCAGUGCCUGCCAGCUUCAACGACAUCACUCAGGACCCCCACUUGGAGAACUACAUUGGCUGGGUGUGGUAUGAGAAGGAGGUGCUGCUUCCUCAGCGUUGGCUGCAGGAUGACUUCAGCACCAGGGUGGUGCUCCGGUUUGGCAGCGCCCACUACUACUCCAUCGUGUGGGUGAAUGGAGUGCAGGUUGUGGAGCAUGAAGGUGGCCACCUCCCUUUUGAAGCAGAUAUAAGCAGGAUUGUCCAGCGCAGCCCGGGGGUUCCCUGCCGCAUCACUGUUGCACUGAACAACACUCUGACACUGCACACUCUACCUCCAGGGUCAAUUCAGUACAUGAAUGACAAAACAAGGUAUCCCAAGAACUAUUUUGUACAGAACACCAGGUUUGAUUUCUUUAAUUAUGCUGGAAUCCAUCGCCCGGUUGUGCUUUACACCACACCUUCUGUCUACAUAGAUGACAUUACUGUGACAACUACUUCAUCAGAGAGCGUUGCAAUGGUGCAAUAUCAGAUAUCGGUAGUUGGCAGCGAACUCUAUUCCUUGUCUCUGAGUUUACGUGAUCAGGAGGGAAAAGUGGUUGCUACAGGCAGCGGGCCAGCUGGAGAGUUAAAAGUGCCAAAUCCAAACCUGUGGUGGCCUUAUCUGAUGCACGAGAGCCCUGGAUACCGCUACUUCUUAGAGGUGAAAAUGCAGGCUCAGGCCAGCGGCGUGCCGCAGGAGGACAUCUACACCCUGCCGGUUGGCAUCCGCACCGUUCACGUCACCAGCACGCAGUUCCUCAUCAACGGAAAGCCUUUCUACUUCCACGGGGUCAACAAGCACGAGGACGCGGAUAUUCGUGGCAAAGGCCUGGACUGGGCACUGAUCGUGAAGGACUUCAACCUGCUGCGCUGGUUGGGGGCAAACUCCUUCCGCACCAGCCACUACCCCUAUGCUGAGGAGAUCAUGGACCUGUGUGACACCUACGGCAUCGUGGUGAUCGAUGAGUGCCCAGGAGUGGGGAUUAAGAUGCCUGAGAGCUUCGGGAACAAAUCACUACAGCAUCAUCUUGUUGUGAUGGAGGAGCUGAUCCGCAGGGAUAAGAACAGGCCCUCAGUUGUGAUGUGGUCAGUAGCCAACGAGCCAGCAUCAGAGCUGCCCCCAGCAGCUUACUACUUCAAGACACUGAUAGCUCACACUAAAGCUCUGGAUCCCUCUAGACCUGUAACAUUUGUGUCUGAUACUAAUUACGCUCUUGAUCAUGGUGCUCCUUAUGUGGAUGUAAUCUGUGUGAACAGCUAUUUCUCCUGGUACCAUGACUCAGGCCAUCUGGAAGUUAUUCCGCUGCAACUUACAGCACAGUUUGAGAACUGGUAUAAAACCUACCAGAAACCCAUUAUCCAGAGUGAAUAUGGAGCUGACUCAGUUCCUGGACUUCACAGUGAUCCACCUGCUAUGUUCAGUGAGGAGUAUCAGAAAGCUUUGCUGAAAGAGUACCAUUCUGUUUUUGACAAAAAGAGGAAAGAGUAUGUGAUUGGGGAACUCAUCUGGAAUUUUGCUGAUUUCAUGACUAAUCAAGGGGUCACACGUGUUUUGGGGAACAAGAAAGGAAUAUUUACCCGCCAACGACAGCCCAAGUCAGCUGCAUUUGUUCUGAGAGAAAGAUACUGGAAGAUUGCAAAUGAAUCAAGCUGUCUUCCUCCUAUAAUAAAAUCACAUAUCCUCUUUCUAUAAUGAAAUGAAAAGGCAUUAACAGCUGGGUACUAUGCUGAACUUUUUAAUUAAAUUCCUGUUUAAACAAUAUUUACGCCUGACACAAGUCUUGCAAGUCUAAUGCAAUUUCUAGUCCACCUAAAGUAGUUACUAUGACACAAAGCAGAUCAGAAACAUUAGUUUUACUAUGCUCAGCCAUGCCUGUAGGCUUCCUGUUUCCAGGUAGUAAAACAAAUGUUCUGAGUUUCAAGGAGCUAAGUUAGACAUCCUGAAUGAGGUAUCUGUUUAUAGCAAAAAACAAAACAAAAUAAUUACAAUAGAAAUCAAUGCAGAAGACUUCAAAAGCCCUAACUAGCCUAAGUGAGCAUCAAUUCCCUCAAAUGCAAGUGAGGUUUUCCAGUUAUACUUCCCUAACUGCUACCACUCAGCUCACAGCACGUCGUCCAUGGGAUUACUGACUACAUAAUUUCUCUUGUUUAAAACUGGACAGAACACACGCAGCUGGCUGAGAACUUCUGAGAGUUAACAGCAACUCAGGAAGCGUGUGAACUGCUAGUUCUGUGAGGAUACCCAACAUACUCCAAUACAGUAUGGAAUUCAUACCACAGCAGCAAGGUGGAAUAUGUUGGAUAGGUAGGUACUACAUCCACUGAACUUUGUUUAGAGCUAUUUAAUCACAGUACCAGAACUGCCACAAUUAGAUGCAGCUUUACCUUGCAGCAUGGAAGAGCUUCCUUCACGUUAAAUUUUCAUUAUGCUUUACAGGAAUAGUGUUCUAGAGGGCAAAUUCAAUCUAAGCCUUUUUGAUAGGGGGCCUGAAGCAUUCUAGGGUAGGAUUAUGUGUAAGUUAAUGUGUACACAGUACUUGAGACAGUAAUGUAGUAUAUUAACUUCCCUUUUAGGCUGCACACCAGUCUUAGAGGACUCUAAAGGCCAGAUUUUAGACUAUAGUAAGUAGUGCUCACAGAAGAGCCUGGAAUCUGCCAGCUUCUUAUUGCAAGCUCGCAGGGUUGUCCCAACAGCAGCAUCACCCACAGCAGAACCACAGAAGUAGGAGUUGCCCACUGAAUUUUGGGACAAUGCCUUAGUUUCAUUAUCCCAGUUCACUGAUAAUGUGUGAAUCUGUUGCUAUGCCUACUUUUUCUGCACCUGGUCUUCUGCUAGUACCUCAAGAAAGAAUUUGCUCUUGUGUUGUGCAGUGGCCAAAUUCUCAUUCCUUUAGAUGUGACAUAUUAGAGACCAACAACAAUUUCCAUUGCCACGUAAAGAAUAAGCACGUACAUGUUUACUGCAGACUUCAAACCAUUUUUACUUGAAUUUCUAGGGGGAAAAGAAACAACAUACUGCCAAUGUUCAUCAUGGUUACACUUGUGUUAGGUUUACAGACCUUCUCAUUAACUAAAAACCCAGAAUAUAAAAGUCUACCAAUAUUAGAAAGACACUUGUUCAGAUGUAACCUGAUACAAGUGUGAAUAGUGUACUCAAGCCCACUACCACUGUUUGAAAUCAGUGUCAACUUCUUACCCUCUAGAUAAUUUUUAAAAACCAUUCUCCUCCCCAUUUCAAGACAGUAGGACGUACCAACAGCUGCCACAUCGAAAUACAGAUCAAGAUUUGACAUCAUUAAUGCAUUAUAAACCAGGGCUGAGAUAGCUACAAUAAAACUCAGGAUUUGUGGUUUCAGAAGAGAAGGCUAUCCUUUCAUUCAGUCCAACAAAACAUACGCAAAAUUUAAUAUCCACACGUAUGAAAAGCACACACUUCAGAGUUUCAGUUCCUGCUUGUUCUCAACAGCUCAGUGCAACUGUAAACUCAAAACCCACCUAUCCAAGCCUUCCUCCCAAAACUCCCAUCCUCCCUGCUCCCCACCAUCCCUGUCCCCCCAGAUCCACAAAAAUAAACAGCAGUUUCCAGAUACUCCAUCAUUUUGUCAGAGUGGAGUUAAAACACCUGAAGAACCAGGGAAAGAAGGAACUGAUUAACACACUUAAUGUUUUUUUUUGCAUGUUACUGAAAGAACUGUAAACAGUAAAGCCUCAAUGCUGCUCAACCAUUAUACACUCAUGUGCACACAACAUUCAGCAAGACGCAACAAAGCUGCAGAAGUUCUAUACAAGGGUAUUCUCUGAGGACCCAAGUGCUUUAACCCUUCUACUGCUAGCAUACAAUUGCUUUGAAAGAGAUCACAACUUGGUACAUUUGGAGAAACAAAAUUACAGUACUGACUUUAAAAACAGUUUCUAAGGCUCAGACUGAGUCCAAAAAGGCCUCUGAUUGGGUUCAUUCAAGCUCUUAUGUUCAGACUGCAUGAAUGCAGCAUAAGAAUGAUUGCAGCAAGACAUCCACAGGUAAUUUCUACAUUUAUUUUUUUUUUUUUAUACCAAAAAGUUAUGUGCAACAAAUAGAAUUCAUACAUAUUUACAUUGUUUUACCUGUUAGCAAAAUCUUAUCCUAAGCCUGCAAUAAGAGAAUCUCUCAAUCUAUAUAUUGAUAAAAGGAACAUCUGCCCAAUGUCUCCAUUUAAAUGGAUGUUUAGUUUGGAGUUUAAAGCACUGGUGAUAGUUGAUGGAACGCACUAUACAGAACACACACCUAAUAUUUAGGCCAUGCUUAAUACAGUUUUAUGGUAACAGAAUACUUCACCUUUUCUGGACCAGUUUUGUCUAGAUCACAUUUAAACAACGUUGGCAGAUCUGAAGUUAUUAGAUCUCUCCUUAACUUUAACCAGUAUAAAUUAUGAGACCCAAGUGCUGCCCAAAGCACCUCGCCAAUUCUCUGAACAAUCAACAGACUGUACAGCAGAAGACAAACAUGUACUGCAGGGUGUUGAAAUCUGAUAAGAGAGACUCGCUGUCACUUUAGAUAUCGGAAAUGGUAGGGAAUGUUUUGUUGGCAAUCCUUAGCACUGCAAACGCUUUACAGUAAGAAAGUUCCAAGAACACUCAUUUCCUAAACAAGACUUGAAUGCUUCAUUGGCCUUAAGAGUUUCAAGUACCUUACAGUAAGAGGAUUUCAGGAAUGUUUACUUCCUAAACAGCUUUUGGGAUGAAGUUGUUCUUCCUUGAAUCGGCCCCUCCCUGCAGGGCUUCUGAGAGCCAGGGAGAGGCGAGGGCAACAGCCCAAAUUCACAACCACUGUAUCUUAACAAUUUUUUUCCCUUCCAUUCUCAUGGGGUUGAAGCCAUAACGAGUAAUGACACAGUCUCCCCUUGUCCCUCUGCCAGACCAAGUAUUAUUAAGUAGCACUUAGGUGCACUACUGUAUCCUCAAAACUUCCCUUGUUUUGUAAAUGGCAAAUUCGUAUCAAUCACAUCUUUGCUGUGACACUUGUUCUGGCUGAGGGUGGCAGGCAGGGGAAAAGUUGCAUGAAGCACUCCUCUGAUUUCUAUCACGUUACUAAUGGCAAUCUGAGCCAUUUUACUGGAAGAAAUAUGAUGUUUCUAUCCUUGGUAGCAAUGAGAAAAAAGUCAAAGAUCCGGAUGCAAAAAGGUCCAAAUUUCUACUGCUAAUAUUAACUCUGCCCUUUAUUCAGGCCAACUGCAUUUCUGAAGCACGACAGAGAAAGUAGAAGAGUUAGGGCCAUUUCUAGCAAAUCACUUCCAGUAAAAAGGAACUGCAAGAGAAGCACACAAGACAAGAGAGUUCACAAUUAGGAUCAGAUUUGCAAGAUUGUGCACAAAAUACAGCGGCAAAUUCUUCCAGAGACCAAACAGAUUUCCCAUUUGACCUCAGUGUGCACACAGACACAAACUGCAGACAGGACUGCUGAAAAUCUGGCCCUAAACAAUUUUACUAAACAAACUGAAUUAACAGACUAUACCCACACAGACAAGCACAAGACACAGUGAGUUAGUCAACACCUAUACUUUCUGCUGAUGGGGCUUUUUUCCUUUUUUUCUUUUUUCCCCUUGGGUGUGUGUUACACCCCCAAAUUGGACCAAGUAAUCAUUGAUUACACUUGUCUCUGUUGCUGCUUGCUCUGAGCUAUUAGCACUGCAAUCAGGCAGUGCAUGUUCACCUCUUCCUCCAAUGAAAAGAUGCAUCAGCGUGGAUCACAGGAAUGCUCUGAAAUAAAUCUAUACAACAUACAAACCAGUGAUGCUGGUGAUACCGCCUCGAGGCUUCUAGAAGUACAGAGGAAAGCCUUGAGAGACCAGUUCAGCAUCAUUCACUCCCCUCAUGUCAGAGUUCAAGGCAUUUGAGAGACAGAACUAAACAUCAAGACAAGCUUUAACUAUACUCUGGUCAAUACAAAAUGCAUUUAAUGAAUUGUCUAAAACCGUUAGACAAGAGGGACAAGUAAUUUAGUGUUACAUGCAACAGAUGUUACUCAUACCACAGAACUCUAUACAUAAAAGCAGUUUCCACCUACAUCCUUGAUACAAACCAGAAAAUUACUUCAGUAGCAAAUACUAUUUUGUGAAUUCAACCUAAAAAUUCUAUUUUCUCUACUGAAUACUGUAUGUUUCACAGUCAAGUUCAUCCUCAGCAACUUAGUGUUUGUAAUCCACUUAGCCAUACAACGUAAGUGUCUUUCUGACAUUCAUGUUUAAGAAACAAUCCUAAGAUUAGUUAAACUAAUUCUUUAAAUAAACAGGUACGCAGUUGGAAUUCUUUGUAUUUAGAAGCUGACAAGGGCAAAAAGCAGCACAGCACCAAUUACAGAACGUAGCUGAAUAUUCUGGUGUCACAGAGUUCCAAACACAAGCGUUUCACUUUUCCAAAUGACAUCAUUGACUUCCUAUCGCAUCGGUUUAGUAUUGCUACCACUUCUCAGUCUAAAAACUAAAAUAGGUUUCUUAAUACUUUUCUACGUCCAGCAAAUUUGCUGGGGGCUUUUGUUUGUUCACUUUUAAAGCAAGGACACUUCUGUCUGCCAAGUUCAACACUAAGUAUUUGGUUUAAAAUUUUAAGACAGAAGGCACUUUUAACAUUCAGCUUUAGAAUACUGCGAGCAGAAACAGCAUUACAAUUUUGUUCUUUUGUUUAAAUCUGCAGUUUAAUUUUUUAUUUUUUUUUUUAAUUAGUUAUUAGAAAGAGCAAUGAUAGCGCUGCAUCAGAUUUCAAUUUCAGGAGCACAUUUACUUCUCCACGAAACAGACUGCCCUUCCAAAGGAUCCUGUGUGUGUCAGGCCUAAAGUUCACUUCCCAAUAUAGCACAAACCAAAGAUCCUGACAAAGAUCAAUUCAGUAUCUGCUUAUUCGGUGCACUACUUGGUUAUCCCGCUCAGUCAGUGGUUUCCACUGCAGACUGCAAUCCUAUACUGCAGCAUUCAUAGAACAUCAAACGUUAGUAACACUGCCUGUCUGACCGCAAUUUAAAAUGAAACAGCACUGCGUGGAACAAGAGCACUCUCUGAUACACCAAGAGCCCACACUGUAUCUCAUAUCCUGGUGGUAACUUUCUAUCGACCACAUUGAGCUAUUUUCAUUCUGUACAGAAAUGAAUGAAAUUGUGGUUUGAGGAAUAUACUUCAGGUUUCAGCUUUAAUUCCAUUUUCGAUAGGGAACAAGAGAAAUGGAACAAAACCCAACCGUCAUUUUUUGUGAAAGCACCAGCAGUGAGUGCCCCAACAAGGUGCUCUACAGAGGUCACUUCUUCCAUCACGUCAGUUGACUGUUAGCUGAACACUCCAAAAGCUCCUAGGCUAACAAAACUGAUUGUACAGUGAGUUCUCCAGGGAUGAAACCGAGAUUUCUAAGUUUAUUUACAGUAUAAGUCCUAAUCAAAUCUAAGUCCAUCAGCUAAAAAAAAAAAA